UCGCUUUCCUCCGCGGGGACUGUUGUCUCUGGUUUGCGUUGAGUUGUCAUCUUUAACUCUCUAAAUGCUAAAAACUGAUGAAAAACAACAUGAAUUCAAGACCAAGUGUGAUUCCGCCACAAGUUUAGCUCAGCGCUAUCGCUGAUGUUUUUCUUCUUCUUUUGUCUUGGGCGGGACUUCCCGUUCACAGCGUCCUCUUACCGCCACCUUGUGGACAUAAUAGCUUCCUACAUGUGCCUGGCAAUGAUUUGUAUCGCUCUCGAUCGACGGUGUUGUUUUUAACUCGUCUUUUAUACAAAGACAAAGACGAGCAAAUUAAGUUAAGAUAUUUUCUAGUCUUCGUUAAACGUCCAAGUUAAGUGACGGCUUGUGGGCGUGGCCUACAGAGUGAGGUUUUGUGGGAAGUGAAGCGAAGUGAGACGUCUGCUGGCGCCGAGCGGCGCGCACGAAGGAACCUGGCGGUGCACGCGCCUCACCUGAACGGAAAUACACCCGAAGACGAAUUGAAAACGUCACCGGAAAACUUUGCUAAGUUUACCGUUGGCGUGUGUAUGUGUGUGGGGAGACUCCAGGUGCGCGCGCCCCACCUGAGGUUGCACUAGUCUCGUCUCUUUUCCGGGUUCGAACUCUCCACCCAGCCAUGCCGGACGUGAUCAGCGUUACCGAGUUCGUCGGCGAGUGCAAUGAGGACUACAAGGCCCCCACCACGUCCAACUUCUCCAUGCGGAUGUCCCACUGCAGGAACACCGUGUCCGUCCUGGAGGAGGUCCUGGAUGUGGAGCGCUCGGUGCUGUCCAAACUGAAGAAGGCGGUGAAGGCCGUGCACACGUCUGGUCUGACGCACGUGGAGCACGAGGAGCAGUACGUGCACGCCAUGGAGAAGCUGGGGGACAACUGUGUGUGCAACGAGGACACCGAUGUGGGCUCCGCCUUCCUCAAGUUUGCCGUUUUCACCAAAGAGCUGGCAGCACUUUUCAAAAACCUGAUUCAGAACAUGAACAACAUUAUCUCCUUCCCGCUGGACAGUCUGCUCAAAGGGGACCUGCGGGGCGUCAAGGGGGACCUGAAGAAGCCCUUCGAUAAGGCCUGGAAGGACUACGAGACUAAACUGUCCAAGCUGGAGAAGGAGAAGCGUGAGCACGCCAAGCAGCACGGCAUGAUUCGCACUGAAUUCAGCGGCGGAGAGAUCGCAGAGGAGAUGGAAAAGGAACGCCGCAUGUUCCAGCUCAACAUGUGUGAGUACCUGCUGAAGGUCAACGACAUCAAAGUGAAGAAAGGCGUGGACUUCCUGCAGAACCUCAUCAAGUAUUUCCACGCCCAGUGCAAUUUCUUCCAGGACGGCCUGAAGGCAGUGGAGAGUCUCAAGCCCUCCGUAGAGAAAAUGGCGUCUGAGCUGACCGCGAUCAAACAGACGCAGGACGGCGAGAGGAAACAAUUAAUUCAGCUCAGAGACGUCCUCAAGGCGGCGCUGCAGUCGGAGACCAGAGAGGAGACCCCGGCCAAGCAGAAGGCAGGAUACAAUCUGCACCAGCUGCAGGGGAACAAGGCCCACGGAACCGAGCGUUCCGGUGUUCUGUACAAAAGGAGUGAGGGGUUGAGGAAAGUGUGGCAGAAGAGGAAGUGCUCGGUGAAAAACGGUUUCCUGACCAUCUGCCACGCCACGACAAACCGUCCACCUGCCAAACUCAACCUGCUCACCUGUCAGGUGAAGAAGAACCCCGACGACAAGAAGAACUUUGACUUGAUUUCACACGACAGGACGUAUCACUUCCAAGCAGAAGAGGAGGCAGAGUGUCAGAUUUGGGUGUCGGUUCUCCAGAACAGCAAAGAAGAGGCUCUGAACAAAGCCUUCAAAGGAGAUCAGGACGAGGGGGACAACAUCGUCCAGGAGCUCACCAAAGCCAUCGUGCAGGAAGUGAAGAAGAUCAGCGGAAACAACGUCUGCUGCGACUGCGGCGCUCCUGAUCCCACAUGGCUGUCCACCAACCUCGGGGUGCUGAUCUGCAUUGAGUGCUCAGGGAUCCACAGAGAAAUGGGGGUCCACUACUCCAGGAUCCAGAGUCUGGACCUGGACGUCUUGGGAACGUCCGAACUGCUGCUGGCCAAGAAUGUGGGAAACGCCAGGUUCAAUGACAUCAUGGAGGUGGAGCUUUCAGCCAAGGGCGUGUCCAAACCCCACCCAAGCAGUGACAUGCAGACCAGGAAGGACUACAUCACCGCCAAAUACGUGGAAAAGCGAUUUGUGCGCCCAAACUGCGCUGAUGCCGAGGCCCGCAUGAAGGUUCUCUACCAGGCUGUCCGCAACCGAGACAUCCUGUCCCUCAUCCAGGUGUACGCCGAGGGCGUAGACCUGAUGGAGGCAGUCCCACAGACUCAUGAGCAUGAGCCAGGCGAGACGGUGCUCCAUCUGGCAGUUCGCAUGGUGGACAGAAACUCGCUUCACAUGGUUGACUUCCUGGCUCAGAACAGCGCCAGCUUGGACAAGCAGACGUCCAAAGGAAGCACGGCGUUGCAUUACUGCUGCCUGACGGACAACAGUGAAAGUCUCAAACUCCUCCUGAGAGGAAAAGCUGCCGUGGACAUCACUAACGAGGGCGGAGAAACACCACUGGACAUUGCCAGACGACUUGGACACUUGCAGUGUGCAGACCUGCUGACCCAGGCUCAGACAGGAAAGUUCAACGUGCACGUGCACGUGGAGUACGAGUGGCGUCUUCGUAACGAUGACCUGGAUGAGAGUGAGGACGAGCUCGAAGACAAGCCGAUCCCCUCCCGCCGUGAGGAGCGCCCCCUCAGCUGCUUUGUGGGCGGAGCCGGAGCGGUGGGGGUCCGGGACCGACACAGGCCUCAGGUCCCCAGCAUGAUGAUCAGCAAUGAGACCUACGGCACCAUGCUGGACCUCCACCUACCUCCGGGACCCACCCCCGCUCUGCCCCCCAGAGGUCCUGCCAGAGGACACGGCAAACCUGUUGCCAUGGAAACUAUCGGACGACAGCGCUCUUCGUCCGACCCCCCCAACCCGAAUGCCACAGAGAGAAACACCUCCAUCUACGUUCUCCCCGUGGCUCCUCCUCCUCCUCCAGCCAACCACAGGGCCAGGAGUAUGCCCCUCCCACCCUCUGCAGCCGCACCCCCGGCUGUUUCUGUGCCAUCGGCCCCACCCGCUGUUGCGCCGCCCCUCCCACCGCCCCCAACCAGCCACAAACAUGACACACCCCCAGGACCGACAUCACCCAGCAGGUCAGCUCCAAAAAGGUUACCUUUUAGAAGAGCUUCAGCACACAAAGGAGCUUCUCAGGUCCAGUCCCCCCUGAGCUCCUCCCCGCCGACACCCAAACCCAGAACCACCUUCAGUACAUCUCGACCCAAGAGGGUGCGGGCCAUCUAUAAAUGUUUGGCAGACCACCCAGACGAGUUGACGUUCGAGGAGGGUGAGGUGAUCGUGGUGGAGGGUGAGGAGGACAGCGAGUGGUGGGUUGGACACGUGGAAGGAGAACCUGCCAGACGAGGAGUGUUUCCUGUCACCUUCGUGCAUUUCAUCACAGAGUGACCACGUCCUCAUCCUCCGUGUGGACCACUCGUCCUCAUCGUCCUCAUCUUCACGUGUCCAUAAAAAGCUUUGUUGUGACUUGUCUCACCUGGUGCCUGUUAGCGCCAUUAGCAUGCCAGUGUCUGUCACUCAGGUUUUCAUGAUGCUUUCUGUAAAUGCUGAACGUAAUUGAACAAAAAUGACGACUUCAGUAGUCAAUUCAAGUACAUUUUACUGUAUGUACUUAAUUUUUACAGUCGGUUUUACAGUCGCGUACCCUUUCAGACAUUUGAACGUGGAUGUGCAAAUGUAUUGUGUGUGUACUAUGACAAUAAAUACUUGUUUG